UAGCCCGCUAGCGCACACUGCACAACAGGGCAUUUUGAAGGGAGGUUGUGUGCCUACCGCCGCACGUAAGCAAAGCUCUGAAGAACAGCGGGUGCCCUGUCUUUUGGUAAAGUUGAAUUGCCUCCGGAUUCCGAUGAGUCCAUACUCGCAGCCUGCAGCGAAGUAAAGUGUGCUUUGGCGAAGAAAGGGUUGAGUCUUGUCCCUGACGUUUAACGUAGGCGGAGCUCAGGGUGGGUGACACGUAAGUCCUGAGAAUGUAAGAAUAAAUCUGGUGGAGAAACACCAAACGUCCCGUCUGUAUGUAUUAUCUGUCUCUGAAGUUUUGCAUUGCCUAGAGGAUUUUCAAAACACUGCUCUACUUCUGAAAAACAAAACCGGGAGGACCCACGUGGGAGCUGAAUUUCCUAGCCUUGCGGUUUUAGGUCUGCAGAAACAAUGAGGUUUUCCAUGCUCUUUUCCCUGAGCGGGCCGAUUGGGCCGGUUGUUAUCGGGAUCUCUUUGGGGUUCACCUUGAGUCUGUUAAGCGUGACCUGGGUCGAGGAGCCCUGUGCCUCCGUUGGGAAGGGAGGUGAUGAAACUGUCUUGACUCAGGAGGAGAAGCUGAAGGGAGCUCGGAAACCCAACUCGAUCCCCGCUGGCAACACAGAAAACGGUGAUGCUCUGGAGGAUUUUGAGCCCAGAAUUGUGCCGUAUAAACCAGUAAAACAGCAAACUCAACCCAAGAAACUCUUCAGGGCGAAAUACAUCAGUACAGAGCUGGGAAUCCGGGAGCGUGUCUUUGUGGGGGUCCUGACGUCCAAGAACACUCUUAACACCUUGGCUGUAGCGGUCAACAGGACCAUCGGUCACCACCUGAGCACCGUGGUCUACUUCACAGGGAUGCGCAACCGGAAGCUGCCUCACGGCAUGUUUGUGGUGACGCACGGCGACGAGAGGCUCAUAUGGAACAUGUUCCAGACCGUCAAGUACGUGCUAGAGCAUUACAUCCACGAGUACGACUGGUUCUACUUCGUGCAGGACGACACCUACACCGAGGCCGACCGCAUCAAGUCCCUUGUGGGGCACUUGAGCAUCGACGCGGAGCUGUACAUGGGCAGCCCGGAGGAGUUCAUCGGGGGAGAGACGGAGGGGAGGUACUGCUACGGAGGCUUCGGCUACCUUUUGUCGCGUACCCUGCUGCUCAGGCUGCAGGCCUACUUGGAGAGCUGCCGCAACGACAUCCUGAGUGCCAGGCCGGAUGAGUGGCUGGGCAGGUGCAUCAUCGAUUACGCCAACGUGAACUGUGUAGAUGAGCACGAGGGACUCCGGUACCAUCGCUUUGAAAUGGGGAAAAAUUCUGAUCCAAGUAAGGAAGAUGAUGUGCGCUUUAAAAAUGCAUUUACGGUUCACCCAGUCUCAGACCCCGUUCAGAUGUACAGACUACAUAAGCACUUCACUGAAAUUGAAUUGCAAAGAACUUAUGAAGAGAUUGAAAAAUUACAGGCAGAAAUUAAAAAUAUAAGUGAAGUUGCUUUUGAAGGAAAUCGCAGUUCUCAGUGGCCUAUUGGAAUCAAUCCACCAUUUGAACCAAAAACCCGCUUUGAAGUUCUCCGCUGGGAUUACUUUACCGAAGAUCAGGUCUACAGCUGUAUUGAUGGCUCCCCAAAAUGUGAACUCCAUGGGAUUGAUAAAGCGGAUGUUACCGACGUCAUUGAAACGGCAAUGGGGGAAUUAAAUAAGAAGUACAAGCCAGUGCUGCACCUAAAGAAACAGCAGCUCCUCAAUGGCUACAGACGUUUUGACCCAACUCGAGGGAUGGAAUACACUUUGGAUCUUCAGCUGGAGGUUGUCAAUCAGAAAGGAAGGAGCCGUUCUAUUACUAAACGAGUUCAUCUUGUUCGGCCUCUGAGUGAGAUUGAGAUCAUACCUAUGCCUUACGUUACAGAAGCUACCCGAGUUCACAUAAUUCUGCCAUUGACUGUUCAUGAUCGAGACUAUGUCAACCAGUUUCUUGAGGUAUACGCUGCAAACUGUUUUGAGACGAGCGAAAAUGCAAUUUUGUCUUUCUUAUUCAUCUAUGACCCUUUCGAGGCUCAGCAAGUCAACCAGAAUGACAUCUUUAUGGAUGUGAAAGCUAAGAUCAGUGCCUAUGAGCACAAAUACCCAGUGACCAAAAUACCAUGGAUCAGCGUGAAGACAGAAGCUCCCUCUCAAAUAAAGAUAAUGGACAUCAUCUCCAAAAAGCAUCCGGUUGAUACGCUAUUUUUUGUAGCGAAUGUCAACACCAACAUCAAUUCUGAGUUUCUCAACCGCUGCAGAAUGAACAGCAUAAAUAACUGGCAGGUGUUUUUCCCCAUCCACUUCCAAGACUACAACCCUGAUAUCGCCUACCACAACCAGCCACGUCCAGCCACAGUUGACUUGGUCAAAGACGCCGGGCACUUUGACCGCAAUGUGUUCGAUGAGGCGUGCUUCUAUAACUCCGAUUACAUGGCGGCGAGAACCAGGAUGUCCGCUGACGUGCAGGAGAAUGAGGACAUCCUGGAAACGUUUGACGUCUAUGACAUGUUCAUCAAGUACUCAAAUCUUCACGUAUUCAGAGCAGUUGAGCCUGCGCUGCACCAGAAGUACCAGUAUAGGGUCUGUAACCCACGACUCAGUGAGGAGACCUAUCACAGAUGUGUCCAAAGCAACCUUGAGGGCCUUGGAUCUCGGUCCCAGCUAGCCAUGCUGUUAUUUGAUCAAGAGCAGGGGAACAGUACUUGACCAAAUACUGAAAACAGAACAAGGUGCAGGAUUUCUCCUUUUAAAGAAACAAAAGUCUUUUUGUUGUUGAGCAAUGUUUACAAUACAUUCCAGAUGAUUUCCAGUCCAUUUGCAGAAAGCAUUAUUCUAUUUUGAGCAGCAGCAGACUUGAUUUCACUUGUUCGUUACCAAAUCCUUUACACUCAUGAGCCUUCUUUUACUUGCUUUCCAGUGUUUCAGCUGAAGGGGAUUUGGUGAAGUAUGCUUCUAGCCAUUUGAAUGGCUACUUAAUUCAUUGAUAUACUCUGUUUUUUCUUCUUUUGCUAUAAUUACACUUUCUAUUCUUUACUUGUGGGCACAAUUACAGAUUAAUAGGUCAAAAGGUUGCUUAAGGAUCUACAGUACAGCAGCUACCUUUUAAGCGCUUACAAGAUGCUGGCAUCUGCUUUAAUUAUCCGUACAGAGGCAGAUGUUCAUUCUGGUGCCUGUGAAUUGCAUUUUUAAUUUGUUGGCAUAUUCUUCAGUGAACUUAUAGUCUGUUUUUUUAAUAAACAGUCAUCACACAAAGGCCUCGUCUUAAAGCAAAUGAAUGUUGAGAGGAAGGUGAUAUUUUAAGAUACCAAUAUUUAAGGUCACCUUUAAAGUUUAUUAAAUAUGCCUUUUUUCAAAUAGUAUAUAUACAUUUACAAAUGGUUUAUGCCUUGCCUUUCUCCUGUUUGACAUGCUUUCAUUAUUUUAUAUCAAAAUAUUGAAAGUGAAACAUUUUCUUUUACAUUCUCACCUGUAGAGUGGAUGAGACAUUUUGUGGUUAGCCACUGUUAAUGUUGGUUUUAAAGAGCUGCUUUUUUAAUUUAUAGAACCCACACUGGCACUGACCUGUUGAAUCCUGGGAGGUGGGAGGUACUGUAGCAUUAUGUGCAAUAUGAUAUUAUUAGUGUUAAAGCAGGAAAGGCGACAUACCUUUCUGCCCUAUAAAACAGUAACCCACUCACUUUUCCAGAACAGCAGGUUGAUGCUCACAGAAUUACCAAAGUGAUUUCUGCUCUGUUGCUGUGUUUUUUUGAAUGUACAGAUUGCAGUUGCCUGCUGACUACUUCUAUUUAAAAGAGCUAGUGUACCGAGGACUAACACACUUCCUGAAUAUACCAAGAAGCAGGUUAAUUAACUCUUAGCAGUGAAAAAUAAACAAACAGAAGCUUAAUGUGUUCUGCCAGUCAAAGGUGUAUUGACCCAUUGUUCUUCCAAUCUUUCUAGUGUGGAAAAGUUUAACUCGUGAUAAAUGAGUUCUUCUUUCUAUAAAAGCUUCCUCUUGGUACAGUAUAUCUAGUUUGGUCUUUUUUCUUAGUUAGAGGGUUUUUUGUGGAUUGCUGUUCUUUUUAAAGACAGGAAUAUAAUUACAAAGAUGAUAUAGGUUUUGCAUCAUGCGGUUAUUUCUGAGAUCAUGAGUGGAGAGGACAAUGGAAUCUAAUUAAAGAACAGGACAGACAAUUGUCUUCUUAACAUUUCGUUAGCAGUAAUGAAUAGGGUAGGGCAAUGAAGGAUGAUCAAUUGACUUCUAGACAUACAUUUUGUCUGGCAUUUAUGUGCAUUAAUAGUAUGCACUCUGUCAUACGCUAGAUUAAAAUGAACACAUAACUUUGUUUGGGGAAAAAAAAAUGAUUUUUGUUUUCAAUAAUUUCCACCUUGGCCAAGAAUGAGGAAACUGAUUUGUAUUUUCUCCACUGUUCCACGUGGCACUCCUAGGGAAAGGUACAGGCUCAUAUGGAGCAGCAAUACAUAGAGUAGACAAUCAAUAACAAAAAUUUGUAUUUAUUAUUUACGUCUUAUGCAACAGUACGUAUUUGUUUUUCAAAUGUUACUUUUUUUCUGCAUUCACAGUAUUAUGUUAAGUCUUUUCUUUCUUUGAAAGUUCCCUAGGGCUUCAAAAUAGAUCUGAAAGCUGUAUUGGAUUUUGGAUGAUAAAAGUAAAAGGAUAUUCCUCACACAAAGUACACUGUUUUAAACUUCCUUGAGCUUGUAAAAGUAUGAAUCUUGUUCCUUGGAAUUCAUAUGUACAGUAUACCUGUUUUAUACAUAGAUUGAACAUUUGUUUUUUUCUCUGAGCUGGUAUAAGUAUAAAUGAAUACUUCCACUUAGUUCAUUGACAUUAAGAGCACAAAGCAUUGUCAGACUUAACUUUCAAUGUUCUGAAGAAUGUUCCAGUUUGCAUUGCACAGCAGAUAUUAAUUGGUGAUGGUAUCUCAACUAUAGUUGGCACAAUGGUUGUAAUUGAAGUUUAUUCUCUGUUUGCACCAAAUGACUUAACUAUGCCAGCAGCUGAAACCUGCUUGACAAUACAUUUACAGGAAAGAGGUAGGUGAAACUGUUGCCUAGAGAAGCUAAUUUUAUGUUGUUCAAUACAGAUCAUUGUUACCAGCAUGUUCUGAGAACAGUAUUUCCAAUGAGACCAGCUGUCUGGCCCAGCUUAAUAUCCUGUUAUGGGAUAUAUUAUCAUUAAACGCACACAAUAUUAAUAAUAAUCUUAAGAAUGGCAAGAAGUCGUCUUCUAAUUUGCAGAGUACAGUAUGUGUAAUUGCAACUUGGUUUUGUAGUUUAUAUCAUAUGAUUUUGCCAGACAUAGAAAUGAAGAGCAGUAUCAUUACUUGUUAAUCAGAGGUUUUAUAGCUGAAAGAUUGUCCUGUGUAGUGAAAAAUAGGUUUUUAUUGAGGCACUAUGUUGUUACUAAGCUUGUGCCAAGAUGGGUUAUGUUUACUCCUUAGAACUUGGUCACUUAGGAUUUAACUUUAAUUGACAUAAUUAUUAAUAAUGUUUAAGUGAUUAAUAAGUAUACUGUAAAAGUAGGAACUCCCAUUACAUGGAGUGGUGCUAUAAAGUCUCAUUGUGGGCACUUUUUCUAUUUUUUAUGAAAAAAUAUAGAUUUCACAUUUUGCUUCAUGCUCAAAGGACUCCUGUGCAUUCAUUUAUAUACACAAGUGCUGCAGUAAGUUUGUAACAUUACGUUUUUGGUACGACGCCUGUUAAAGUUUUCUUGGUAACACUUCAAUGCUUGAUGUGUGUGCAAAUGUAUCUAAAUACUAUUUUAUAUUUGAAAGUGUAAAAUGGUAGAAUUUAUAUAGCUUGGGACAUUGGCAGUUUUCAGGUACAAAUGAUCCUGAUUAAAAUUUCUUCAAGAACAGCAUUUUGUGGUGUAACUGUGAAGGUCUCUUUACUUGCAGUUUUGAUUGUUCAGCUUUAUUUCUGUCUGUUUUAUGUCCAUUUACAUGAUCAGAAAAUAUUCUAUAACAAAAUAAUGUCAAUUAAUCAUUUGCAGUGGCUUAUACUAGCUCUAGUGAUUUUUCAUACACAGCGUGCACACUGUACUCAACAAUGUUGGAAUGGAAUAGUGUUUAAAAACAUAUUUUUUGGAUCAUACUGGAAUGUUUUAAACUUUGUUUUAGAACAGGAAUUAAGGAAACAAUAAGAUAAAAAGAUUCAACAUCUUAAUGGUUUUCCAAGCUGCAAUGGAUUUGAACGGGGAGGGUAUCCCUAAAAGGCUUUGAAAAUUAUCUUUGAAUGAUGUGCUUAGGAACUUGUCUCAUGUCUAACUUCAGGAAGCAGGAAAAAAGCACUAUGAAGUUGGUUGUUUUCGAAUAGCUUCAGUUUGAAAUGUAUCUGAAUAAUUUAACUUUUUUGUUUGCUAAAAUGUUCAACGUUGGAUGUGACUGUAGUGAACAAAGUAAACAUUAUGACAGAGUCAAGAAGAGUGAAUUUAUUCAUAAAAAAACUUAUGUAAUGCUGUUUGGCAUUGUAUCAGGAUCAUUAACUUCAUAGCUGCCUUGUCCAGUUUUCACAAUAAAAUGACUGUGAAUUUUUCUAACUAUAAAAAUAUUUAAUAGUC